UUCUAGGAAUCAGAUGUUACUUAUUUAACAUUGUGAAAGGCUGGCUCACUGAUACGUUAAUGGAGGAAAGAAGAAUGACCAACACCAUGUUGAUCUUUGUCUUCCUUGUUGUACUAUAUGCGUCAAUACCUCGUACCCAUGCUGCAGACACCAUAUCUACAAACCAAAUCCUUAGAUAUAACGAAACCAUCACUUCGCCACAAGAAACCUUCGAACUUGGUUUCUUUAGCCCCCCUAACUCCAAAAACCACUAUGUUGGAAUUUGGUACAAAAAAAUAUCGACCGGAACCGUUGUGUGGGUAGCCAACCGCAACACACCACUUACACAUACCUCGGUCGAGCUAACUCUCACCCUCCACGGAGUUUUAGUUAUCCGGGAAGCCACCACGGGUAAUGUUAUAUGGUCGUCAGCGAUCUCAUCAACGAAGUCAGUGUUUAAUCCGAUUGGUCAGCUUCUAGAUACGGGCAACUUUGUAAUUUACAAUGAAGGUGACAAAACCAAUCAAGAAGAUCCCAUAUGGCAAGGUUUCGACUUUAUGACAGACACUUUACUUCCCGGAAUGAAGCAGGGCAGGGAUUUUGUUACCGGGGUUGAAAGAUACUACACGUCUUGGAGAUCAAAAGAAGAUCCUGCUUCGGGUGAGUUUUCUACAUCCAUUGAUACGAGAGGGUACCCUCAGCCAAUACGAACUCAAGGCCAGAAAAUAACCUAUCGGGUUGGUCCAUGGAACGAGCUCAGGUUUAGUGGAGCUCCUCAUUUGAGGCCGAACCCGAUUUACAGUUUCACCUUUGUUAUUAACGAAAGAGAAAUUUAUUACCAAUAUAAUCUUAUAAAUACUUCGGUUUUUACCAGGAUGGUGUUACAACCAAAUGGUAAUAUAGAGCGCCUGUUAUGGAUUGAUAGCAAACAGGAAUGGAACCUUUAUCUAACCCCAGAAAUUGAUCAUUGUGAUCGAUAUGCAAUGUGCGGGCCAUAUUCGAGCUGCAACAUUGGCAAGUCCCCGGUUUGUGAAUGUUUGAAGGGGUUUGAACCCACAUCUCCUGAUCAGUGGAGUUUUGUAGAUUGGUCACAAGGGUGUCGACAUACAAUCGCUUUGGAUUGUGAACCUGGGGAGGGGUUCAAUAAAUACUCAAAUCUGAAGUUACCCGACACUCAGAGAUCAUGGUAUAACCUGACGAUGACCCUUGUAGAGUGUGAGAAGAUGUGUAAAAGCAAUUGUUCGUGUACUGCUUACACAAAUACGAAUGUCUCAGGCUCUGGGAGUGGUUGUUUGCUAUGGUUCGGUGGCCUAAUUGACAUCAGAACGUUUGCUGAAAAUACUGGGGACACUAUUUAUAUAAGAAUGCCAGCUUCUCAGCUAGACUUAACAGAUAACAGUAAAAGCUCAGGUGCAGGAAGAAGAAUACGAGUUAUAGUCCCCAUAGCAUUUGUAGCUUUGGUCAUACUAGUUUCGAUAUGCUUAUUUUAUCAUUGCAAGAGGAAGAAGCAACAGCAACAAGUGACUCCCAAAAACGAGCCUGGACAUGAACCUGAAAAUAGAAGUGGCGAUGAAGAUCUAGAGCUACCACUAUUUUGCUUGUCUACAUUACUUACAGCUACAAACAAUUUUUCAAUCAAUAACAAACUUGGAGAGGGCGGUUUUGGACCCGUUUACAAGGGUUUACUUGAAGACGAACAAGAAAUAGCAGUGAAACGGUUGGCAAAAACAUCUACUCAAGGACUUCACGAGUUCAAGAAUGAAGUCAUCUUGAUAUCUAAACUACAACAUCGCAAUCUUGUCAAACUCUUGGGUUGCUGCAUAGAGGGAACCGAGAAGAUGUUGAUUUAUGAAUACAUGUCAAACAAAGGCCUUGAUUCCUUUAUAUUUGAUAAAACUCAAAGCGAACUCCUCGAUUGGCCUACACGUUACCACAUUAUCAUUGGAAUUGCUCGUGGACUUCUUUAUCUUCACCAGGAUUCUCGGCUAAGAAUCAUACAUAGAGAUCUUAAAGUCAGCAAUAUUUUGCUUGACACAGAUAUGAACCCGAAGAUAUCAGAUUUUGGCAUGGCUAGGAUUUUUGGAGGAAAUCAGAUAGAGGCAAACACAAACAAAGUGGUUGGAACAUAUGGAUAUAUGGCGCCUGAGUAUGCAGGAGAUGGCAUCUUUUCUAUAAAAUCAGACAUAUAUAGCUUCGGUGUAGUACUAGUACUGUUGGAAAUUGUGUGUGGGGAGAAAAACAGAGGAUUCGUCAACAAAGAUCAUAGCAACAACCUUGUUGGACAUGCAUGGAGACUCCAUAAUGAAGACCAGUCUUUGCAAUUAGUUGCUAAAUGCCUAGGUGAAUCCAUCAAUGUGUCUCAAGUUCAACGAUCAAUCCAUGUUGGUUUGCUGUGUGUUCAAUGUCACCCAUAAGAUAGGCCAACUACGACUUCUGUUAUCCGAAUGUUGGAGAGUGAGGGUCCAUUGCCUUCACCCAAAGAGCCAGGAUUUUAUGUUGGAAAAACUAAGCAAGAUAUUCCGUUUACAAGUUCACAAGAAACGAGUUCAACCAAUGAACUAAGCAUUUCAACAUUGAAUGGUAGAUAAAACGAAAGUUUCAUGUAAUAGAAAAAAUAAGAUCAUAUUAUCAAAAAAAAAAAAAAAAA